AUGUACUGCACGAAGAUCCAGACGACUUGGGAAAGGUGGCCCACGGGCCCCGAGGGAGUUCGGCAUGUAAAUCUAGUUCCGACAGCCCCGGUUCAGAACCUAUCUAGAAGUCUAGUGCCAGCGUACAAGGUCAGCAAGGCGGCGCUGAAUGCGUUGACGGUGCAGUAUGCUCUGUCUUACGAGGCGGACGGGUUCGUGUUCAUGGCGUGGCUGCAAACCGAUAUGGGGGGCAGUGGGGCCGACCUCACCGUGUCCCAGGGUGCAAAGGCUGUGCUGGAGGUGACUGUGGCGGCGGAUGAGAAGUCGAACGGGACGUUUAGGAAUAUCCAUGUUGCCGGGUCGGAGAUUUACCGCGGGGAGGAGAUUCCUUGGUGA